GCUCAACUAUCCUUUUGUGGUAGAUCAUCUUCCAAAUCCGUCUGCUUGUGUCCACACUUCUUCACGCCUGACAAUGAUAAUUGUUGGAGAAAUUUUCAUGUCGUGCGAAUGAUCAGGGAUUAUUCUGGACCACUUAUAAUCCUUCAUAUUCCGUGCGAACAAAAGAAAUCCGGACAGUCUUCCUGGACGGGGAAAGGUUGUGGCAGGAUCUGAUCCACGCGUCUGUUGGUUUGCUCCCCGAUAAAUUACAAGACUGUACUUGAGUUUUUCUCUAGUGUAUCCGUAUAAAUCAAAUUCAUACAACGACAGGCCUUUUCGACCUGGCGUCGCUGUUUUGUAACCCCUUUUUACUUUCACUGCAGCUUGUGGUUGUGCAUGUAUUCGUUGUCAUAUCUGGACUCCACCACCUUGUAAUCCACCAAAAUAAAUCAAGGAAAUAUACUUACUUACUGUUCCGAAGAUUACUGUUCAUUACUGUUCCGCUUUUGGUAACUGAAGAUAAGUCUGAAGUUCCCGCCUUUUCUCUCAGUUUUUGAAGAGACUAGUUCUUACUCAUUCAAAAUGAUGAAGCGUGUUUUCGGAGUUGCCGCUAUGUCGGCAGUCGCGCUCGCAGACAAGGCCAAGUCUUCUUCUGCUGUCCAACCAGGGAGCGGCCCGCUCAUCACGGCUGUGGGAACCUUCGAAUUCAUCUCGAGCUCUGUAAUAAUAAUUUUUUAAGUACUUAGUCGGUUUACCUACUAAGAGAAAUAGUUGCUACUAAUCGUGAAUGAAGAUGAUGAUCUUCGUGAAUGUAGACAACGCUUCUAAUAUGAUAUAGAUACCGCCCACGUGCCCCCGGCGUGUACACACGCCGGGGCAGGGCGGAAGGGUCUGGCAAAUGCUACGAGUUACAUAGAACCCAUACGGCCUACCGGCGUGCUACGAAUUACGUAAAGAGUGGCGGGCUAUGGAAUAAGCAAAGCAGCUCCGCGCUACAAGCUACUACGUGCUACAUAAACCCCCACCCUGGCAGCACCCGAAACGCCCAAAAGGAACUACUUCGAACGAAUGAGGCAAACGGGUAACCAAAUACAUACGCCGAGAGUCAAAUCCUUGAGCAGAUCACUCCAGGCCUGCUGUUUUCGGUUCUCAGCGUAGUGGCUAGGCGAAGCACUGCAGUCGACUCCGCUCACCGUGAGAACCUCGCGCGCCCCCUUGCCCGGGUUUUGGGCGUGGGUCCCCUACUCUUGGAGUGUGUUGCGUCUCCGGCUGGCAUGGCAGUGUCACGAGGGGGGCCCCAGGCUUGUCUCUUUCGGUUCUCCGCAUAGUGGGCGAAGCACUGCGCCCGACUCCGCUCACCAUGAGAACGUCUACCGUGGAUCUUUCCCGUGGAGAGAACUAGGGGGCGGCCCCGUUUUUUUUUCUUUUUGUUUGUUUGUUUUUUUUUACUCUUUGCGCCGUUUUGGGUUUUCCAUCCAAAUCACGCAGCUUUAUGGCGUCGCGUUGCUGCCUACGUUUCAGCUGCUUCGCGUUUGCUCUCUGUGAGCCAUUUACACUCCCAAGCUUACGGCGAGUUGCGCUCUAUCGCUUAGCCUCCCUGUCUGCUUCUGGCUUUCUCGAGAGGUGUGGGCAUGCGUCAUCUCAAGGCUUUGAUCUAAGUGAACAAGAACAACGCCACGCGAGCAGUGCUGUGCGGCUUUCAUGUGCUUGGGCGAUGCAAUCUUAUCUGUGAGCCGCUUGAGCUUUCUGAUCAGAAAGCAUGCCCAAGCCUAUGGGCUUGCUGGUUACUUAUGGCUUACUCGAGAGGCCUUGUCCUUUGCGCCCAUUCUUUUCUGAUCCAAAAAGCGCAGCGCGAUGAAGUUUCUGCGUACUUGUGAGCUGCUUAAGAGGCCCCACCCUUUGGCUCAGUUCAAGACCCUCACCCAAACGGCGCAUCGCUGUGAAGCUGCUGGCCCUUUUGACUUGCUGGGAAGGUCUCACCCUCUGACCCAGCGCAGGCACCCUACCCAAAAGGCGCAGCUUUAUGAAGUUGCUGCCUACUUUUGAGUGACCUGCUUGAAGGGUCUCGGCUUUUGACUCUGCUCAAACCUCCCACCCAAAAAGCGCAGCUGUAUGAUAUUGCUCUCUACUUUUGACCUGCUUGAAAGGUCCCAGCCUUUCAGUCAGCUCACUCAGAGGUCUCCCACAAUCAAAGGGCGCAGCUCUAUGAAAUUGCUGCCCACUUUUGACCUGCUGGAAAGGUCUCGCUCUUUGGCCCAGAUCUGGCCAGCUUGGUUAUUCAAGGCGCGCAGCUUUAUGGAAUUGCUGCCCACUUUUGACCUGCUUGAAAGGUCCCACCUUUUGACCAAGCUCGGGCAUCCUAUCCAAAAAGCGCAACGCCAUGGGGCUGCUGUCUGCUUUUGGCUUGGCUUGCUUGAGAGGUCCCGCCUUUUGCCUUUCUUUGCUCAAGCUCCUUGCUCAAAAAGCGCGCUCUACUUCAUGAAGCUGCUGCCUACUUUUGGCCUGCUCGUAAGGUCCCGCGCUUUCACUCAGUCAAGUCAGGCGCCUUACUCAAAGAGCGCAACUCUAGGAAAUUGCUGCCCACUUUUGACCUGCUUGAAGGGUCCCACCUUUUGACCCAGCUCAGGCCACUCAGGCAUCCUAUCCGAAGCGCGCAGCUUUAUGCGAUUGCUGUCGUCUUCUUUUGGCCUGCUUGAAGGGUCCCGCCUUUUCACUCUGCUCCAGCCUCUUAUGCAAAGCGGGUGGCUUUAUGCGUUUCCUGUCUAUUUUUGACUUGCUUGAAAGGUCCCACCCUUUGACCCAGCUCAGGCCCCUUAUCCAAAGAGCGCAACGCCAUGAAGCUGCUGCCUCCUUUUGAGCUGCUUGAAAGGUGUCGCCCUUUGACUUAGCUCAGACCUGUUAUCCAAAGCGCGCAACUCUAUACCGUUGCUGUCUGCUUUUGAGCUGCUUGAAAGGUCUCACCCUUUGACGUCGCUCAGACUCCUUAUCGAUCCAAAAAGCACACCUCUACGAGAUUGCUGUCUACUUUUGACCUGCUUGAAAGGUCUCACCCUUUGAGUCAGCUCAGACCUCUUAUCCAAAAAGCACAACUUUAUGAGAUUGCUGUCUACUUUUGAUCUGCUUGAAAGGUCCCACCCUUUGACGUCGCUCAGACUCCUUAUCCAAAAAGCACAACUCUAUGAGAUUGCUGUCUACUUUUGACCUGCUUGAAAGGUCUCACCCUUUGAGCCAGCUCAGACCUCUUAUCCAAAAAGCGCAACUUUAUGAGAUUGCUGUCUACUUUUGAUCUGCUUGAAAGGUCCAACCCUUUGAGCCCGCUCAGGCUCCUUAUCCUAAAAGCGCAAACUUAUGGGAUUGCUGUCCACUUUCGAGGUGCUUAAAAGGUCCCAGCCUUUUAGUUUGAGCCAGCUCAGGCUUCUUAUCCAAAAGGCGCAGCUUUAUGAAGUUGCUGCCUACUUUUGACGUGCUUGAGCGGCCCCAUCCUUUGAGUCAGCUCGAAAUCCUUAUCCAAAGCGCGCAGCUUUAUGAAGUCGCUGGCUACUUUUGACCUGCUUGAAAGGUCUGACCCUUUGAGCCAGCUCAGGCCCAGGCGCCUGAUCCAAAAAGCACGCAGGUGCUAACUUGCUCAGCGUAUAGCUGCUGGGUGCUUGCCUCUGUUUGCAUUUCUUUGUUUGCAUGUGGGUCCUUUUUGUAGCACAUACGCAGACGCAGCGGAUUCUCUUCAUGAGAUGACUGGCCCCAGGCUGAGGCGCUUCGCUCUUCGUUUAUUUUUGACCAUGCAGCGCGGUCCUUGGCUUGUGCUGUUGGUUCAGGGUUUUGAGGUACUGCCGAAAGCCUUAGCAGGAGCAGAAUCGCGGGAAAGUUGUACUCAAAAGCGCGGCACUUUUACGGCGCGAGAUGUAUACAUCUACCCCGUACAUCUUUCCCAUGAUUUCCGUACAUCUCAAAAAAGUGGAAUUUUGGAAACCUACUAUGAAUCGCCCCGGUGUAAGUACAUCUCAAGAGUACAUCUUUCCCGUGAUUUACGUACAAGAUAUAUAUCUCGAGAUAUAUAUCUCAGACGUAUACAUCUCUCCCGUACAUCUUUGCCAUGAUUUGCGUACAUCUCAAGGCGUAAAUUCACUCCCGUUUAGCAUUCAAAAUAAGUUUUGGUUUAUAAUAUAGAUAAUUAUAGUAUUUUCUUGCUUAUCGAUUGUUACAAUGACAAGAUGUGGACAGACACGAGAAGUGCAUCAUGUCUCUGUCAAACAAGAAAAGUUGUGAAAAUCAAGAUCAAAAUCAAAAAUUAACAGGUAAGUGCUAGUAAUCUUUAUCGUGUGAAUGAGAAGAAGUUAUUCUUAUUUUUCAACACUGACUGUAACCGUUGAUCGUCAUCACAAUGAACACCAGGUGACUGUGACGAAGGAUUUGGUUGUAUUUGGUGCUUUGACAGCGAAGGAUGUGGUCAUGCAGAAGCUGCCGCCUAAGGUGCAAGGACAGAUUGAGGAGAAGCUUGAUUUAGUUGCAGAGAAGGCAAGCUUGGGCUACGCACAGGCGGAGACUCUGCGACUUCAGAAUGGUAUUCCUCCCCUGAGUGAAAUCGCCUCCACCACGUGGACGAGAAUGCAGCCAGUGUUGAAGGUGAUCGAAGCUUCGCCACCAUUCCAACACACAAAGGGCUUCGUCGGCAGCUUCGAAAAGGCAUACCCCCAACACAAAGUUAAGAACGGCAGCUUCGAAAGGGCGUACCCUCAGCUUCGAAAGGGCGCACCUCUUGCCCUAAUCCAUCUUCUGAAGCAUCUUAGACCUGUCCCGUAAGGGGAAAAUAGGUCCAAGAUGAAUCCCGUGACUCAAGGGGAAAGGUCCAAGGCUUUUCAAGCGGAAAAGGGGAACAGGAUGCUUUUCAGGAUGGAUUAGGGUGAGCACUAACAAAGGCGUGCUGUCCGGACUGGGCUUUCUCGAUCUCGUCCUCGCAGCAAUGUUCUUGGGCUACAUUGUCCUCGGAUACAUGCUCAAGAUGUUCUGCUAUGGUACUUUUUUUCUUUCUACAUUUGUUGUUCUACUCGAUAAGAAGUGAAUGUGUUUGUAUCUCAUUCUCGAAUAGUGUUGUUGGACAUUAUAAAAGCCCUAUUUGAAAUGUUAUAACCCUCACAUAUUUUUGUUAAUUUGAAAGAGCAGAGCUUUUUGCCAUCCUACUCGCGCAUAAAAUUUUGGGCUGAAGAAUACAUUGUGCGGGACUAGGGUUGGGGGGAUGAAUAGAAAAGUUUACGACCCUUGUUACGCUUGUCCCUGUCCACAACAAAAAGAGUUCUUUUUACUCGUCCCGUAUCUUUCUAUUGACAGAAGUUGACCCUCUCAAGUGCUUACGAUAAUUCAUUGCCUGUUCUUCACGAUCUCUACAUAUUUGUUCGGAUAUAAUUCUUAGUCUUAUAGGUCAGUCUCUGUCCCUAUUGGUCCCUAUCUUCCAGAUGUGAUUCCCAUCACCAUUCCCCACUCAUAAACAGUGUUCUGCUGCGGAUGCUGCGCCAAGCGCAAGCGCUCGUCUUCUUCUCCGGUCGAGCUGAAGAAAAAACCGGUCACUCAGGACAAGAAGCGCAAGUAAAUGGUAACCCAACAUAUUAGAAGAAGACUUGUAUAUAUGUUCAUACAAGAUGGAAGAUGAAACUCUGAAGAUUAAGAAGAUAAUAGAUCAGAAGAUCAUGGGUAUAUGAUGAACGAUCUCGUAGCUACCCCGAAAUCGAAGAUUUGGGGUCGAGGAUUUUCCGAAGAGACCGUGUGUCACAACGCGGAUGCAGUGUUAUGGUGCAUAGUCAUUCAGGGAUUACAUCAGCAGAAAGUUCCAGUGGCUCUGAGUCUCUCGUCAGGGGGGCAGAUAGACUGAAUUCAUUCUUGUACCUUUUUCCAACACACAAACCAUCAUCUGCUCGAAGGCAUGUGACAUGGUCCGAGUUCUUAUCACACACAGUAACUUAUCACAAUUUGCAUCGAUAUCAGGGGGAUGGCGAGGUGCGUUUGCGCCAAGAGGGAGGUGGUGCACGCGUCCUUGUCCUUUCUACACGCAUUUGAUUGACUAUUUCACUACCACGCUUGACAUUUUUUACUACAGAUGAAUCCAGUGCUUGACGUAGGUUUGAAGAAAGGCUAAACUUUAUAUUUUUCGUUAAAUUGGUUUUGGUUGAUGAGAAGGAACAAAAGUCUCUACUGCCUAUCAAGGAGUGGAUUCUGGCAUGGUAAAUUGAUGUAAGAUAGUUUCUCUCAUUCUGGAGAAAACUAUCACAAGAAGACUACCACACACACACACAUAUUUCAGCCCCGGUUCGUGUGGUCCUCGAAAGAGAAGAUAUUGAUCACCUCCCGAAACAAUGCAUGUGACGCGCAUGAUCAAUCAUGCUCUACAUGGAACGCACUAUGAGGUAGCAACCUCGUUGAAAGAUGUGUGAAACCUCGAAAAAAAGGACAGAGCACGGGGCCCGCCUUCGUACUCUGCUCGAAGUCACCCUCGUCUAGGAUGCUGCCUGUUACUUGGAUACAAGUUGACUCGCGG